AUGGAGUUCGCCUCAGGACCACAGAAACCUCCACCGGACGUAUUCUUCACGAUACUUCUCAUCCUGACACCCGAAGGAUUGAGUUCACCAUCCAAUAUAAUCCCUACCCCUAGAAGAACAAUUCGAUGUUCUCAAGGUGGCGUACGAACUGCACUAUUCAGAAAAGUGCCCUAUGAAGUUUGCGGGGAACAGUACUGUGUCCUAUUCGACAAGCUAAAUGAAAGAGAAAAUUACACGAACACCGAGUCCGUUAGUGCCGUUGAGACUGUCUGUCCAACAGCACCCUAUUGCCAGCAUGUGGAUUGCACAUUCUGCAGCGCUAAUGUCCUAAAUCCCGAAUGCUGGCCGUUAAGAGCACUGCUAGCCACAAUAACGAUACUCUACUUUGUGAUUACGGGAUGCUACGUGUUCCUCUACGUUCCAUUAGUUGUGGGGCGUCCGGUACGAAUAAUAACCAAUAUCGGAUGGGAACUACGGAAAGUCGCUAUACGCAAUAUCAAGACCUUUUACGGCGAUAGAGUUAAACGAACUGCUCGACGUCGUAACCUGGCCGAGGUCAUAGCCAUUCUGUGCUUACUGCUCCAUGUCUCGAAUGGAUGUCAAAUGGUUGACGUCUUGCAACUAUUCAACAGUUUGCCCAAUAUACACUUCAAGACCGUGUCAGAUACGGCUAUCCGAGAUCUUCAAGAUCAACGCAAGUGGGAUACGUUCAGCGGCACAUUUGCCUCCCUAGCCCCUCCACCAAAACCUCUACUCGCCACUAUAUUCAUCACGGAUUCAAGAGAAACAACCAUCUCAAGACAAGACGCAAGACCAGCGUUGCAAUGCUCAGACUUUGCAAAUGCCCGUGACCGUCAAUGCUCAGUUAUCCUGCAGAAUAAAAAGCGAUUUGCUGGUGCAGGGAUUUUGCCAAUUGGAACAUGGUUCAAUACUCCAGAAUCGCUUACCAUUGUUUAUCCAUCCUUAACAUUCCUACAGCAAGACGUCGCAGUCAUAGCGAGGGUAACCAAUAUGGUCAUGUCAGAAUUCGUGAACGUUCUGUCUUCAAGGCUAUGCUUACAUAUUUCUGUGCCUCCGCCGACGUUUACGGCGCAAAAGCGAAGGAUGAGCCUAGAAGAGCAGUGUGUGCUACAAGACCUUCUGCCUGUCAAGAUCCGGUGGACAAAACUCUUCGUGGGACAGGACCUUCUUGGAAAGUCCUACCGAGACGAUCGACGCGGCCUUAGUCGCGAUCAGGACAAGACCAAGUAA